CUCCGGGGUAGGCUGAGACGGGAGGGUCCUCGGCUAAAGCCCAAAGCGGAUCAAAGUGGUGGUACUCGCGCCGCGGCCGCGGAGACGUGAAGCCGGAGCUUCGCACGCCUCCUCCGAUCCGCUCGGUGCUCGCCCUCGCUGCUCUCCCGUCCCCAUGGAGAAGACAGAGCUGAUCCAGAAGGCGAAGCUGGCCGAGCAGGCCGAGCGCUACGACGACAUGGCCACCUGCAUGAAGGCCGUGACGGAGCAGGGCGCCGAGCUGUCCAACGAGGAGCGCAACCUGCUCUCGGUGGCCUACAAGAACGUGGUCGGGGGCCGCCGGUCCGCCUGGAGGGUCAUCUCGAGCAUCGAGCAGAAAACCGACACCUCGGACAAGAAGUUGCAGCUGAUCAAGGACUACCGGGAGAAAGUGGAGUCGGAGCUGCGGUCCAUCUGCACCACGGUGCUGGAAUUGCUGGAUAAGUAUUUAAUAGCCAACGCAACUAAUCCAGAGAGUAAGGUCUUCUAUCUGAAAAUGAAGGGAGAUUACUUCCGGUACCUGGCUGAAGUUGCAUGUGGUGAUGAUCGAAAACAAACGAUAGAUAAUUCCCAAGGAGCUUACCAAGAGGCUUUCGAUAUAAGCAAGAAGGAGAUGCAGCCCACCCACCCGAUUCGCUUGGGGCUGGCUCUUAACUUCUCUGUCUUCUACUAUGAGAUCCUGAAUAACCCCGAGCUGGCCUGCACACUGGCUAAAACGGCUUUUGAUGAGGCCAUCGCAGAACUCGAUACACUGAAUGAAGACUCUUACAAAGACAGCACCCUCAUCAUGCAGCUGCUUAGGGACAACCUCACACUAUGGACAUCAGACAGCGCCGGAGAAGAAUGUGACGCGGCAGAGGGGGCAGAAAACUAACUACGGACAGGGUGUCACCCUCCUUCCCUCCGGAAACCUUUGUACACAUCUCCAUUCCUUACUCCAUUUGGAUUUCCUAGAGCAAAGAAACCCGUUCAUGUGUAUGGAAUCAACUGUUUAUAGUCUUUUCACACUGCAGCUUUGGGAAAACUCCAUGCCUUGAUCUGUGUUUGUCUUGGCCUUCCUGGUGUGCAGUUACUGCUGUAGAAAAGUAUUAAUAGCUUCAUUUCACGUACACAUAAGUAACUUCCCAACACUUACGUAGAGGACUAAAAAUGUACCUGGUAUUUAAGUAAUCUGAACCAGUUCUGCAAGUGACUGUGUUUUGUAUUACUGUGAAGAUAUGAAAAUGUAGUUAAUUACAAUUUAAAGAGUGUUUUACAUAACUUCUUGAUUUCUACAUUCCCUCCCUUGCUCUUCUUUGGGGGUUUCCUUUCAGUAAGCAGCUUUUCCACGUUCAUGUAUUCCUUUGGGUAGGAAUCCAGGAGCAUUAGAUUGAACGAAAAAGCAUUUGGCAUUCCUGGGCUGGGGUCACAGAUUGAGACGCCCCCUGUGUCGUACAGUGGAGGGCUUCUGCGUCUGUGGCGACAGGGGGUUUCCUUCUUUCCUCUUCAUUUGCUGCUGUUUCCGUUGACGACUUCCCUUCCUAAUAAAAAGUCACUUACACCUCCUGCCUUUGCAGUUCUGGUAUUCACUUUACCGUGUAGUAGAAGUAGCAUGUUGCUGCCAGAACACAAGCCUUGCUUUUGGCAAAUUAAAGUGCAUGUCAUUUCUUAAUGCAGUAGAAUGGGGAAAUCAGUUGAAUACACAAGUCCAAGUCUAAAACUUUAGUACUUUUCCAUGCAGAUUUGUGCACAUGUGAGAGGGUGUCCGGUUUGUCUAGUGAUUGUUACUUAGAGAGUUGGACCACUAUUGUGUGUUGCUAAUCAUUGACUGUAGUCCCAAAAAAGCCUUGUGAAAAUGUUAUGCCCUAUGUAACAGCAGAGUAACGUAAAAUAAAAUUACAUUUUAUAAACCAUUUACUAUGGCUUUGUAACAGUUGCAUACUUCUGUUUUAAAGGACAGGCGAAACUACCGCUUUCUAAAGUUUAUUAUUGGUCCUUCCCUUUUAUGGACCAUGUAGUGGCGAUCCCCAUAUUUGUGCAUUGUGACACACUUGGCUAGGGUUGCCUGGAAAUGAAUAAAAUUGGACUACAUUUCUUAGAGGUAGUGUUUUAUCCGUAGA